GAGCGGGGGGCCCCCAUGUUGCUAGGGGGGAAAGUUCCUCCCUUCCGCCUCCAGGGAGCCAAUCAGGAGGCGGAGAGGGGCGCGGUGGGCGUGGCGGAGGCGCUCCCACGUGACCCUUUCAAACGCGUUCCCUUUGUCUGGGCCGGGAGAGGGACUCCGGGGCGGCGGACGCGAAGGAAGCGCUUCGGCGUGGCCAUGGCUUCGCUCUGGUCCGGCCACGAGCGGCUCCGGAUCGGGGAGCGGCUCCAGGCCAGCCUGGCCGGGAUCCUGGAGCUGGACCUGCUCCGGGAGAGGCAGAGGGACGCCGUGGAGGGCGCCCUCACGGAGGGAGACGCACCGCAACAGGAAGAAGACAGGAACGGAUUGCCGGUGGUCGCUGCCAAAAUGGACUGGACCAAAUCGGAAGACUCGUUUGGCACAUCGGAACACUCCGAGACGAAUCUUGGGGCCGGACGUGCUGAUGCCGUGGACAAAGCGUGCCUUGGGAUGAAAAUCGUCACAGAGCAGCUCCUCCUGCCCCGCAAGAAAACCGGAAUCAAUGGAGACAAUGCCCAGGAGAUGGCGGAGGUGGAUUCUAGGCCAAGCUCAGGGUUCUACGACACCAGCGAAAUGGGCUCCCUGUCGGAUUCCUGCGCUUCCAUGCACAGCGAUGGGCCUUCGGGGUUGCCCUGCGGCUCUGGCUCCAUUACUCACCUGCCGGGAUUCAGAGAGAACGGUUUUGCCCGUCCGCACUCAACAGACGAAGCCGCCGUCCGCCUCCUGGACCUCCAAAUUCAGCACCUCACCUUGGCAGCGAACCUUCCCGAUGCCAUCAACAGGAGACCAGUAUCAACAGGAGACCUUGAGUUCCUCUUGGGCCUGGGAGACUUGUCCCUCUCGUUUCCAAAGAACCCGUGCCUCCAGUUGCUGCAGUACAAGGCCGACCUCGUGUCCCGCAACACCAGCGAAGUCUACCACUACCCGAGCCCGUUGCAUGCGGUGGCCCUGCAGAGCCCACUCUUCACCAGCAGCCUCUCCCAGAGCUCAUCCCAGGAAGAUUUUGACGAGCCCCCCCUGGAAGCUAUCCUGGACGAGCCCCCAAAAGGAGUGGGCUCCCGCUCCCAAGAACAGCGGACAGUGCAGCUGGAUCAGUAUAUUGCCAAGCUGGUGCUGCGCUAUAAGUGCCGUUCCAUCGCCAGCAGGACGGACAGCGGAUCUCUAGCGGCGUAUCAGAAGAGCCUGUCCAUGUCGUCCGUCUGCAGUUCUGUGCUUGGCGCUGUCCAGCUCCUCGCCCCGGUCCCGGGGUGGAAGAUCCGGCGACACAUCUCCACCCGUUCCCAUUUACGCUCGCAGGAUCCUCAUGUUGUGGACUUCUCUGUCUCCACCCGAUCCAACGUCACGAACCUUGUGAAGGCAAACGAACCGUCGGUGCUGUCUCUCCCCGACCCUCUCCCGUGGUGCCCGGAGCCUACUUUUGUCCCGUACCCGGUGGGUUCGGAGAGAGGACUUCCGCACUGGACUCCCUCCAGAAAGGCGUCCUCCUUGCCGCAGGAGAAGCUCUACCGAGGCAAACAUAUGUCCCGGGAGUUGGUGAAAAGGCCCGAGAGGCAGGAGAAGACGUCCGAGAGGAGUUGGCCGAGUCCGCGGGAGUUGCUGAACCGCCUGAGCCUCCGUCGCCGGCUUUCCCCUCACGCCGGGAACCUGGCCUGCGCCAGCUCGGAAAUGAACGUCAACGCCACGCGUCACGCGUCCAGCAAGGGCAAACCCGUCAAGCCCAAAUGGACCUCCGUCAUGGAGAUUUCCAGUCGGACUCCGCCUCGGCCACAGCUCUUCCGCCCGCCUCCAAUGCUGGCCCACCACCUCGCCUUCUCCUCCGACUCUCCCAACUCGUUUUGCUUCUUGGAGGGCUUUGAGCGGUCGCUUACUGCCACCACCAGCAGCUCCAGCCUGGCCAAGGUUGAAGCCACAAGUGCCAUCAACCUGAAUGGAGACUGGAUUCUCCAGCAGCUUGGGGACGGGUGGCCCCACACCGCGGACUCCACCGACGUGCCGGUCCGCAGAGUCAAGCUCCACCGCAGCCGCUCCUUUAAGGAGUUCAAGAAGGCCAUGUCACGCUCACUCAGGGGUUCCAGGGCCACCAAGUAAUUCCCUAAACCAGUGGCUCCCAACCUUCCUAAUGCUGUGACCCCUUGAUACAGUUCCUUGUGUUGUGGUGACCCCCAACCAUAAAAUUAUUUUACGGUUUUUCAGUCUAACAGCUGAGUUACCUGUGUGCCAUUACACCAGUGGUUCUCAACCUUCCUAAUGCUGCGACCCCUUGAUACAGUUCCUCAUGUUGUGGUGACCCCCAACCAUAAAAUUAUUUUACGGUUUUUCAGUCUAACAGCUGAGUUACCUGUGUGCCAUUACACCAGUGGUUCUCAACCUUCCUAAUGCCGCAACCCCUUGAUACAGUUCCUCAUGUUGUGGUGACCCCCCAACCAUAAAAUUAUUUUAUGGUUUCUCAGUCUAACAGCUGAGUUACCUGUGUGCCAUUACAUCAGUGGUUCUCAACCUUCCUCAUGCCGCAACUCCUUAAUACGGUUCCUCAUGUUGUGAUGACCCCCAAUCAUAAAAUUAUUUUACGUUUUUUCAGUCUAACAGCUGAGUUACCUGUGUGCCAUUACAUCAGUGGUUCUCAACCUUCCUCAUGCCACGACCCCUUAAUACGGUUCCUCAUGUCGUAGUGAAUCCCAACCCUAACAUUUUCGUUGCGACUUCAUAACUCUCAUUUUGCUACUAUUAUGAAUUGUAAUAUCUGAUAUGCAGGAUGUAUUUUCAUUCACUGGAUCCAAUUUAGCACAAAUACGCCCAAAUUUGAAUACUGGCGGGGUUGGGAGGGAAUGGAUUGUGUCACCUGGGAGUUGUCGUUGCUGGGAUUUAUAGUUCUCCUACACUCAAAGAACAUUCUGACCUCCACCAGCGAUGGAACUGAACCAAACUUGGCACACGGAAGUCCCAUGACCAACAGGAAAUACUGGAAGGGUUCGGUGGGACCUUGAGUUUGGGAGUUGUAGUUCAUCUACAUCCAGAGAGCACUGCGGACUCAAACAAUGAUGGAUCUGGACCAAACUUGGCACCAAUGCUCAAUAGGCCCAAAUGUGAACACUGGUGGAGUUUGGGGAAAAUAGACCUUGACAUUUGGGAUUUGUAUUUCACAUAUAUGGUAAAUCAUUCUGUGUUGUCACAUGAACUGAAGUCUUGGGAUAACUAGUAGUUUUGAACCAAAAUAGUGACGCUGAGCUCUGAUGCUCUUGGGAUAUUUUAAUUUGUGGAGGCAAGUUCUCAGAGGAACAGCGAGACCAUGGAAUACCUUUGUUUUCUAAUAAAGAUCUCUUCUGGCA